CGCGCGGGGGACGGCGGCCGUUCCGGGGAGCGGAGGGGCUGCAGGCAGGGAUCCCCACUCCUGGUGCUUCUGUAAGGCACGGCAAGGAGAGCCCCCAGGCCUGGGUCUCCAGAACACCACGGAGAGGGCUACCCUGAUGGACACACACACAGCUUCCCUGGCACAGGCGGCAGGUGGCAGCCAGGCUUCCUGCUGGGCUCCUUCAGUGGCCGAGCGAGGGGCUCAGAGUGCCAAGCCGACGCCAACGCAGGAGGCUUUGGAAGAAGAAGAGCCUCGCCAGGGAGAGAGAGAGCUGGGCCCGUUACAGGGGCCUCCCUGGGCCCUGGGACUUCUGGAUGGCUGUGGGAGUGAGGAGGCCGGAGACAGGCCUAGAGAUUCCCUGAGGGUACCAGUUGUUUCUGCCAAACCUGGAGGGCAGUGUGGUCUGCACGGCAGAGUGUCCCCAUCAGGGGCCUCCCCAAACGCUCGCUCUGCCACAAGCAGGAGGGGCCCCUGCAAAGGGCGGCCUUAUCAGUGUGGCACCUGUGACCGGAGCUUCAAGUGCUAUUCGGACGUGGUGAAGCACCAGAGCAUUCACUCCGGGGAGAAGCCGUACGCGUGCAGCGACUGCGGGAAGGCAUUCAUCCACAGCUCGCACGUGGUCCGGCACCAGCGCACCCACCACGGGGAGAAGCCCUACGUCUGCACGGAGUGCGGGAGAGCCUUCAGCCAGAGCUUCAACCUUGUCCGGCACCAGCGAACUCACACGGGAGAGAAGCCGUACGGAUGUGCUGAGUGCGGCAAGUCCUUUGGUCAGCGGUCAGACGCCGCCAAGCACCAGAGGACACACACAGGCGAGAGGCCGUACGCGUGCAGCGAGUGCGGGAAGGCCUUCCUGCACAGCUCCAAUGUGGCCCGGCACCAGCGCACCCACCAUGGGGAGAGCCCCUACGAAUGUCAAGAGUGCGGCCAGGCCUUCAGCCAGAGCUCCAACCUCCUGCAGCACCGGCGAGUGCACACGGGCGAGAAGCCCUACGCCUGCCCGGAGUGCGGCCGCGCCUUCAGCCGGAGCUCCUUCCUCAGUGAGCACCGGCGCAUCCACACCGGGGAGAAGCCGUACGCCUGCGGGGAGUGUGGCCGCGCCUUCAGAGCCCUGUCGGGCUUCUUCCGGCACCGGCGGGUCCACACGGGGGAGAAGCCUUUCCACUGCACCAAGUGCGGCCGUGCCUUCCGCCUGAGCUCACACCUGAUCCAGCACCAGCGCGUCCACGGCACGGACUGAGCCUGCAAAUGGGCCAGGAUGCGGUGGGUGCAGCACCCAUGAAACUGGCUGCGCCUGGAG